AGGAGUGGUCAUGUGACGUAGGGAUUGUUUUGCUAAAAAUCUUAGCUAGCUGCACAGCUAGCUAAAGUAUCUAAUCAUCAUUACAUUUUUUAACGCAGCAUAAUUUAAAUAAAUGUGAAUAUUAAACUUCCAACAGAGUCAUGAAUGGGAGUACAAAUCCGCUCUUGGACAAAGAAGAACAUGUUUUGAAGCUCGGAGAGAGCUUUGAGAAGAGGCCAAAAUCGUCAUUUCACACCAUCAGAUAUGAUUUCAAACCAGCUUCAAUUGACACAAGCUGCGAAGGAGAGUUGCAAGUCGGUAAAGGAGAGGAAGUCACCAUCACAUUACCUCACAUUCCAGUAAGAGGCUCUACACCACCCAUGACAGUAUUCAAAGGGAAUAAGCGGCCAUAUCAGAAAGACUGUGUUCUUAUCAUCAAUCAUGACACUGGGGAGUACAUGCUGGAGAAGUUGAGCAGCAGUAUCCAGGUCAAGAAAACCAGAGCGGAGGGCAGCAGUAAGAUCCAGGCCAGGAUUGAGCAACAGUCGGUGCGUGCCACUGCCACCCAGCCUCCAGCGCAGUUCCGUGCCCCCACUAAGCCUGGUGCAGGGGCCAAGACCUCCCCCUCCCCUUCCAAGGACAACCCCUCCCCUGAGCCCCAACUAGAUGACAUCAAGAGAGAGCUGCGAGCGGAGGUGGAGGUUAUUGAACAAAUGAGCAGCAGUAGCGGCAGCAGCUCAUCUGACUCUGCCAGUGGUUCUGGUAGUGGGGAUGACAGCUCCAGCAGUGAUGGGGAGCAUGACGCCCCUCACCCCCAACCUGUCCCACUCCCUCUCCCCCACAUCCAGCCCUCCCCCAACCGUAAUCCCAUGGCCAACGGAGGAGCAGACAGGCAACAGGGCAGCAACCAGCUGAUGAACACGCUCAGGAACGACCUCCAGUUGAGUGAGUCAGGCAGCGACAGUGACGACGACUGAACUGCCCCCAUCUACCUCUCAUUAUCACACCAUCUUGCUCUCCUCUUUCUUCUCUUUGCCUGGUUCCGUUGUUUUGCUGCUGUGGCAACCGACCCAACUGUAAAGUCUGGUUUUAUUGUAUUUUUUUAUAUCUCUUGAGAAACUGGCCAACCUUGAGAUUUAAUAGUGUAUUUCUAUAUCACCCCCAUCUUCCCUAUUUAUCUGGAAAUCAAAAGAAGGCACUGAAAGCAUUUCACCCAUUCCAUGUUUUUAUCAGAAUCAUGACACUUUCAAAAAUCAGUCUUUCAAGAGGCCAGGAUGCAGCUCACAUCAAUCUUAAGCUAUAGAGGAUACUAAAGGACAUACUCAUAAUUUUCAUGUAAAAUCAGUUUCAAUUGACCACUUACUAAAGUGUUUAGCUGGAAUAUUGACCUGUUCUGGUGAACAGGUAAAUAUCAGUAACAGGUAAAUGGUAGUAAAUGAGCCUGGGUCAAUCCUUUACCUGUCAAAGCACUUUAGUUUAAUUGUAAUAUCAUAACUUUCAGCAGUUUCCACCUAAAAUAUUUUGCAUUGCUUUAACAGCACCUGUCUGACCUAACAGUUAAAUGCAACUAACAACCAGUACUUACGAGUUCAUCAUACACUUUAUAGCUAAUAUUCUACUAUUUCCACAUCUAUCAUUUGACUUUCUGAUUCAGUCUCACUCAAUAGCUAGAUUGCCAUCCAAUUGGUGACAGAUUUUCAUGCGAACAUUCUAAAAUCUGCAUUAAAACAACAUGUGCAUAUUCCCACCAGAUAUGUUUCCAUCAAAUCGAUGUGUUGCGGAUAACAGUAAGUGUGUGAUGACGUAGUGCACAUAAAUACAAGUUUAAUGGGUUUCCAUCGCAUUUUAAACUACUAAUGUUGCGUUAUAUUGCGAAUCUGGUCUUUGCACGAGCGCUCUAGCCAACAGCCCGCAGGUAGGCUAGUCUACAUGAUGAGAUUAUUAUGGAUAAAGCGUGAUUAUCUUUUAUUUGUCAAGCGGCAGCCUAGCAUCGAUCAUCAUGUCACCAGAAUAAGACCCUCGAUAUUUAUUGGAAAGGCUCAUCACCGUGCACUUUCACCACCAUGUAAAGUUUAUCAUCAUUUAUUUCAUAUAGCCUAAUAAACUGCAUGCUUUCCGUAGUCGUAGUGGGAGGACCACACAAUAUCAUCACAUGACUCCAAAUUUAUUUCGAUAUGAUAGUUAUAUCAAUAUUUGCACAUGAAGGCGUUUCCACUGCCAUUUCUCGCAUUAUUAAUUUUACAGACACACUGUCUACUGUAUUUUGUUUUAUCGAAAUUUGGAAAGUUUACCGACAAAAUGGGCUUUUUCCACCAGACCUGUCGUGGCAUUGUUUUAUCCGACAUGUACUUUACUCGCAUGAAAAGGUUGGAUGGAAACCUGGUUACUGGCCCAACCAUAUAUCACUGUCCCAAAUUCCCAACCGUAUAUCACUGGCCUAGUUUCAGACCAGUGUAGACAUUUUCAGAAGGACCAAAGAAGCAAAACAAGUCGUUUUUAGAAUACAGACACCGAACUUCUAUUUUUACUUAAAAAUGCGUCUAUUUUCACUAGAUGUUGAGUUAUUCAUAAAAUGUAAACGCUGAUAUAAAAUGACCACUUGUUUUUUUCAUCAGUUCCAUAGAUUCAACUGAUUUGGAGUGAUAGCAGUCACGUUGGAUCACAUAUUUUAAUUUAGCAACUGUUGUGACAGUGAAUAUCAUUUGAUACUCUAUAUCAUGUGCCCUGUAACAAAACAAUCCCCAAUCCAAAAUAUCUUGAUGUGACGUUGUGGCUGUAUCCCUGUCAUUGUAUCCCAGUGGGCACUCCACGUAAUUUAAACGUGGAAAUGUGGGUAAUAUUUGGUUGAGACGUUGAUCAAUGAAAUUUCAACCUUUAUUCACCCACUCAAAAAGUCAGCCAGAAGUUUGUUGAAUUUCCGGUGUGUUAUCACUAUGCAGUCAACCAUCCAAAUUCCAAUUCGAAAAACGGUGAUUUCUAGUUUAGUUAUAAUCUAAAUGUUAUCACUGCGCUUUCAACCAUUUUAAACCACAAGGUUCAAAUGGGAAUAAAAUGUCAGAUAAUUUGUAUUUAUACAAUAAUUUUAUGUGUUAUCACUGUAUAAUUUAAUAGCACGACCAAAUGACCUGGAUUGCAGCUGAGACUACAUUAAAAUCACAUAGUACAAAGUGAUCAAUAAUGUUUGAGAUUCUGCGCAGAUUAUUAUAGCAAUUGUGAAGAUCUCCACAGACCUGCGGUGUUUGAACAUGCACGCUUUCAAUUAUUACAGAAGACAUAUAUAGUUACUGUAGGCUAACCUCAAAAUGUGACCAUGGAUGUGUGUUACUCAUUUUAAGAUUGAAUAAAUACUGUUACAUUAGUUUGUAAGAUAGCCUUAACUUUAGGCUAUUUACUGUAUUCCAAAAGUCAAAUAUCAACAUUUUAAAGGAUAUCUAAUGCUUGGAUGGUUUCAUCCUAUUCUUAAUCCUAUUCUUUAACUUUUAGUUUUGGUUAAAUUGGAGACGUGAAUCCAACAUAUCAUUUGUUAACUUGUCGUCAAGUUAAUAGGCUAUUUACUGUAUUGCAAAAGUGAUAUUGAAUUGUGUUUGGUUGUCAACACAACCAAAUAUCAACAUUUGAAGGAGAUGUAUCUUUUUUGCCCUGAUUUAGUAUAGCUUUAAUUCCAAUUUGUCUACAAAUUAACAAUUGAUAUGUUGAAUUAAUGUCUCCAUCUCAACCAAGAAUCAAAAUGAAAGGAUGUGACUAAAUCAAAUCAAAGUUUAAGUGCAUUUAAAGUCAGAUGUGAUUUAGUCCUAUUCUUUAACUUAGAGUUUUGGUUGAGAUGGAGACAUGAAUCCCACAUAUCAAUAAUUAAUUUGUAGAUAAACUGGAAUUAAAGCCAGACUAAGUCAGUGGCACAGAUGGAACUAUCCAAUCAGAAGAUAAAUCUCCUUCAAAUGUUGAUAUUUGGUUGUGUUGACAACCAAAUACUAUUCAAUAUCCAGUUUAUCUACAAAUUAAUAAUUGAUAUGUUGGAUUUGCGUCUCCAUCUCAACCAAAAAUCUAAGUUAAAGAAUAGGACUAAAUCUAGUCAAACUUUAAAUGCACUUUACAUAAACUUUGAUGUAGUUCUAUUCAUUCACUUAGUCCUAGUCUGGUCAGUGACAAAUAUCAAAGCUAAGUAGGGCUGGGCUUGGUUAAAACCCUGGAUGGGAAACCAAAUGAAUAGCUGUAUAUAGAUCAACUCUCCAACAGAAGGUGCUGCUGAACCUAUUGUUAUUUUUCUGAUAGUGGAUAUGUCGUUGAAGAUCUGAUGUUUCAAAGGUACAAAUUCAACAUAUUUUAUACAAGGUUUGUCUAUGUUGAAAAUUGGUUACAACAAUGACAUAAUCCCGUGGUUGAAAUUCCACCCUCAAAAUAAGUUGACAUUGAUCACUUUUUUAAAAUCCAAUAUAUUUUCCACAUAGAUUCCAUGUCACAAAACAUUGACAAAUUUACGUUGAACCAACGUUGAUUCAACCAGUUUAUGCCCAGUGGGAUGUGUGUUCAUAAGGUGCUUACAUGGUAUUUAACUGGUGCUGUUGUGUGUCUGGGAAAGCAAGCAAGCGAUGUGUGUACAAAUGUAAUAUAAUGUUUUGUUUUCACAGCAGUUUGGAUCCAUGUAGUUGGAUGCUAUUUCCAAUGUGUGUCAAUCUGGCAUCCAGUGUUAUUUCUGACCCAUACUGUUACUGUCCCAGUACAACCUCUCUUGCCACAUUUAUCGAGGUGUUUGACUUAUUGCGUUUAUCUCUAGGUUUUGUGCUUUGAGGUGUAUUAAAGUGUGCACAUGUAUUUAAAUUGAA